ACCAUUAAUCAAAGCACAGACAUCAGGCUACCAAUGGCAUUGGAGGCCAUGGAAGAACUCCCUCGUUCUUACCCUCAUCCACCUCCUUCUCCAGCUCCUCUAUCUCCUGCUGCUUCUCCUGCACCUCAUUCUUGGAGGUUCGAAGUCUUUCUCAGCUUCAGUGGCCAAGACACCAGAGGUAACUUCACAGACCAUCUUCUUUCUGGUCUGCUAGAGAGACAAGUGAAGGCUUACAGGGACGACAAAAACCUACCACGAGGAAGUUUCAUUUCAAAAGCACUUCUAAGAGCAAUCGAAAGAUCGAGAAUUUCCAUCAUCGUUUUCUCCAAGAAUUAUGCAGCUUCAAGGUGGUGUUUGGAUGAGCUUGUGAAGAUUAUUAAAUGUAGAAAGCUCUUGGGUCACAUUAUUCUCCCAGUUUUCUUCGAUGUAAGACCUGAUCAUGUUGCCAAGCAAACUGGUCCUUACAAGAAAAUCUUUCGAAAGUAUGAAGAGAAGUACAAGAACAAUAAGCAGAAGGUUGAAAAGUGGAAGGAUGCUCUUAAGACAGUUGCAGAGAUAAGCGGUUGGGACAAGGAAAAUUACAGAUCUGAAUCAAAGUUGAUUAGAAUCAUAGCAAAAAAAGUAGUACGUAAACUGAGAAAGGCAGCCCCAACUGUUGGCAAUCAGCUAGUCCAACUGAAUUCUAAAGUGGAGGAAAUGAAGCUCAAGCUAUACGAGAAGUGGGAAGAAAUUGGCACAAUAAAAUUUUAUGGGUUGCAAUGGGGCAGAAAAAUAUGGGACAGUUCUAAAGACAAGAAAAGGUGGCAAAGCCAACAUGUUAGUGAAUUUUGCUUGAUGAAGUGGACAAACUAGAACAGCUAGUGAAUUUUGCUAGAAAGCAAGAUUGGUUUGGCCCUGGAAGUAGAGUCAUCAUAUCAGUUGGAGAUCCAAAUAAAAAUAACAUGAACGUGCUUCAUAUAAACUAUGAAGGAUCUAUCAACAGAGACAAGAACAUAUUUCUAGAUGUUGUCUGUUUUUUUAAGGAGUUGAACAAAGAGAAUGCAAUGAGGAUUAAAAAAUUAUUGUUUGAUGUCCCAGCUGAAAAGGUCCUCGUCGAUGACUUUACCAUCACUAUUGAAGAUAAUGACAAUCUUUUGAUACAUGGACAUAGAAGCUUCAACAUUCUGGAAAUAGAAUAUGAGGUGUCCCCAAAAAAGACCAAGCCCAACAAAGCCACAAUGAAAGUGGAGCCGCUACCAAAUGGUCACCCACCAACGCCAGUCUCCAAUCCUCAAUUAGAAGUGGAAGAUGCUGUUCCCAAAGAAGAUUUUCCACAGCAGGAAAAAAAUAAGGUUCCUCCAUCUCUCAUGGAAAAGCAAGAAAAGUUAUUUGGCACUUUGAAAGCUCCAAAGGUUAAACUUUUGCAGCAAGAAGUUUACAAUGAAGCAGCAAUGGUGAAAAUCAGAAAUGGAGCUUCCUGCACAAGCCGAAGAAGAUAACUCAGAAGACACAAAGGACACUUUGCAGGAAAAGAAACAAGAAUUAGGAGACUACUUCAACAUGUCAUUAGAAGAAAUCCAUCAAGCCAAUGCCUUUAACAACAUCGAGAAAAUUGUCAGCACCUUGACUCAUAAUUCUGCUAAUUUAUAUGAGAAAGCAAACCUGCAAAAGCUUAUGGAUCGUUUCACAGAGUUCAAAGGGAGUGUUCCUGACUUCGUGACCACUGCAGAGAGAACCGAAGCUCAGAAAAAAUCUCUCCUUAUUAAGUCCAGAAAGCUGAAGCAAAGUCUGGCUCAUGAACAAGAACAGCUCCGUUCUUCAGAGGCUGAGAUAUCCAAGAUAUCUAAAGAAAAGGAAGAAUUAGAUAUCCAAAUUCAGAGUUUGAUUUCCAGGAAAGAAAAGCUGAUAGAGCAUAAGAAGUCCACUGAAUUUCAAUUGGAAACGACCAAGAAAAUCGUAUCCACUAAUCUGUCAGAACAGAACAUGAUAGAUGGAGAAAUUGAGCAAGCAUAUGAAAACUGGUUCAAGGCAAAAGAAAAGCUAGUCUUCGCCAACGCAAGCUGGAAAUUGUUCAAAGAAUGUAUUGAGUUAUAAGCAGAACAAGUAUCUUUGCUUAAGCAAACAUGGUUUUCUUUUAUAUGUAGUUUUCAUUUGGUCGCUACUAAGUAAUAAUAAAGUACCUACUGCAAAAUAAAUGAAUGAACAUUGUCUUUACUUCCUAAAAUGAUCUGUCAUACCAAAUUCUUGUUCUUAUUCUCUGAACUUUAAAAUUCUACCAAUCCUUUCUAGACAAAUGGAUUACUCUAACUUAAAUAGUAGAGGAUCCCCAUGAGAAAUAUUUUUCCUAUGUUUGCAGGUCUCACCUGCUGAAACAGCCAGUGGGAACUUACCCAAAAGAAGAAAAAGAAAUCACAAGGGCAGUAUAUGGGCUUCCUUACAGAACACCCAAAA